GGGAAUCCGAACCCUAACCGUUCGGCCCUCUAUUUUCUUCUCUCCAAAGUUUCGGCACUCUGUUUUCUUCCGCCGGCCGCCCCUCUGAUCGUCACGACGAUGGGAAAAAACUCUGAACGACAUGGAUGCUCAGCAUUUCUCGACGCCUCCUUCUUCUAAAGGAACUGCUUUGAAAUCUGGAAGCAUCACGACACCAAGUCUGUCGCCUCUAAUUCCGUCUAUAAUACGGCUAUGGAUGCCGUCAGUGAAAGGGAACAAUCGGAAGCAAUGAUCGAAAUUUUCUUCAUUCAAACAACAAUAGGCUUGUUCUUCUUCAAGUCUUGCUUUUGUGGAGUUUUUACUGUUGUUUAUGUGUAUGCCUUCUAUGGAAUGGAGUUCUCUCAGCGACAUGCUCGAUAUAUGAAACAAAGCCGGCUUGAAAUUGUCUAAGCUGCAGAAAUCAUCAAGAACCAUAUAGUUGCACCAGUUCACUCUGUGUGUUGGAAGGCACUUAAUUAGCCGUAGUAUGUGUUGCGUCCAUUCCCUUGCCCCUAUGCUUGGACCCUCUUAAUACUGUUUGCCCGGUUUAGAAUGUUUUGACUAAGGGGUGUGCAUUUUCAUGGUUAUGAGCAGACUACGUUGCCGUCUACCAACCAUGUUUUUAUUGGUAUGGCACCGAGCUAUUCGGUUCGAUCUCUUAAUUUUUUCAAUUAAGAAUGCAUGGAAAGAUGAACGUUGUUUGCCAGCUUUUAAUUUUGUCCGCUUUUACGUUCGUUAUAACUUUCUUGUCGGUAGACUGUAAAUAUCUUUCUUUUAACGGCUUAAAUAUAUCGUCGACUCUAUCUGGCUCCCUUUGUAACUACUUCAUAGCCCAAAUUACUAAUUUACCCCCGAACCAUUCAAUUCAAAGCCCCAUUUAAGCAUCGCCUUCGUCGUCCCUUUGAUCCGUGAAAUCCGCCAACUGUCCAGACCAAUACCAUUAAAAAUAUCAUGGACGAAAUCUCUCUCUUCUUCUCUGCCGCCAUAACCUUGGCCUCCGUCGUCCUCCUCUACCGCCUUUUAUUCCACCAACGAAAUUCCCGAUCUCUCCCUCUCCCGCCGGGCCCGAAACCAUGGCCGAUAGUCGGAAACUUGCCGCAAAUUGGCGGAGCGCCUCUCCACUCCCUCCUCGCCGACAUGUCCGGAGAGUACGGACCUCUGAUGUACCUCCGAUUCGGCUCUGUCGAUGUCGUUGUGGCGGCAUCGGCAGCAAUAGCAGAGCAAUUCUUGAAGAUUCGAGACACUAAUUUCCUCAGCCGGCCGCCGAACGCCGGCGCUAAAUAUAUAGCUUAUAAUUAUCAGGACAUGGUUUUUGCACCGUAUGGUCCACGGUGGCGGUUACUCCGGAAGAUCAGUGCCGUCCAUCUGUUCUCCUCAAAAGCCCUAGAGGAUCAUCGGCGUGUACGCGAGGAGGAGGUGGGGGUGCUGGUACAGGCCCUUGCAAGGUCCGGAGAGGCACCGGCCACCUUGGGGAGUUUGCUCACCGUGUGCACAGCCAAUGCCCUCGGGCGGACGAUGAUCGGCCGACGUGUUUUCGGCGAUGGAAGUGGCGGUGGCGAUCCAAUGUCAGACCAGUUUAAGGCGAUGGUAGAACAAGUCAUGAUUCUGUCCGGAAAGUUCAACCCCGGCGACUUUUUCCCGUCGCUUGAUUGGCUUGAUUUGCUGGGCGUGGCAAGAGAGAUGAAAAAGGUCCACAAAUGGUUCGAUGAUUUAUUGUCCAAGAUCCUGGAGGAGCACCGAAAUUUAUUGGCCAGCGGCGGCGGCGGCGGCGGCGGUGAGCACCAAGACUUGCUGAGCACGCUUCUGUCCGCAAGGGAUCGUGCUGAAGAUGAAAACGAGAAGCUGAAUGACACUGAGAUCAAAGCUUUGCUAUUGAAUAUGUUCACAGCUGGAACCGACACGUCAGCAAGCACAGUCGAAUGGGCCUUGGCGGAACUCAUCAGACACCCAAAGAUGAUGCACCAGGCCCAACAAGAACUGGACUCUAUAGUGGGCCGUGAUCGGGUAGUUUCCGAUCUGGACCUGCCGAAGCUCGGCUAUCUCCAAGCGGUGGUGAAGGAAACAUUCCGGCUCCACCCACCAACGCCGCUCUCCCUCCCCCGCAUGGCUGCCGAGAGCUGCGAAAUCAGCGGCUACCGUAUCCCUAAGGGCUCCACUCUGUUGGUGGACGUAUGGGCCAUCAGCCGUGACCCAAAAGAAUGGACAAGCCCACUCGAGUUUAGGCCCGAUAGGUUCCUCCCCGGUGGCGAGAAGGCCCACGUCGAUGUGAAGGGAAAUGACUUUGGAGUGAUUCCGUUUGGGGCUGGACGGAGGAUCUGCGUGGGGAUGAGUAUGGGCCUGAGAAUGGUCCAGAUAUUAACUGCCUCGCUGGUCCAUUCGUUUGAUUGGGCCUUGCCUAGCGGGCUUUCGCCCGGUGAGUUGAACAUGGACGAGGCCUUUGGACUGACUCUGCGUCGGGCCCAGCCCUUGGUUGCACAUCCUCGGCCCAGAUUAUCGCCUGGAGUUUAUCAAUGAUGGCCUUCGAUAGGUUACUUCUUAUCUCCGUUCUUGCAACUACUAAGCUUAAAAUAAAUAUUAAAUUAUAAUUAAAAAAAUAUUACUCUUGAUAUUUCAUGAACAUUUCAAGACGGCUUGUUAGGAUUAAA